UACUGUUGCCGUUGUCCUUACUGGAAGCAUUGUGGAAGCUUUGGAAGGUCGGGAUUGCGACGAGGCUGCGGCUGCUGCGCCACAGCGCAAACGUUGCGAGAAUACCACCUUUGCGCGCGCAUUGAUGUCGUUGACCGUGGUCUUCAGCGAUCGACACACCUCGGCACGCCGAUUAAAGCGUUGAACUUUUAUCCAAAUGCACAAAAGAAAAAGAAAGUCGUUCCCCGCACCGUGAUUUUGGCAGGGCACUAUUGACCCGUGCAAGUUGCCGAGCACUUUCAUCGCACGUCUAUUUUGGAUCGCGAAACAGCUGUGCGGUUGCCGCCCUUGCGGGGCUGUCCCAGCGCCGCAGGAGGAGUCAUCAGCGUCUGUGGACAGCGUUUCGCCGUAUUGUUCGUCCGUGUUCUACGGGGGAAAGUGUGGGGAAGACUCCGCAGAUGGGGCUUCCGACGCGCGCCGCGCCACAUCGGUGACCGCGGUACCGGCGUGACUCUUCCGCGGUGUGUGCGCAAUGUCUGUCCGUGUGUUGUGAGAAGGGUUAACGGCGGAUAGCCUUUCCGCCGAGCUGCUUGAUGCUGGACUCGACGUUGCUGCGCAAGCGCUUCUACAAGAAGCUCAACAUCCCGGGCAUGGAGGGACGCGGCCCGCCGGUUGUGACGGCGCAGGAGAACGCCAGCGAGCGACCGACCACCCUCGUUGGGCCCCUGGCCCGUAACUUUUGCGUCAAAUACCUCGGCUCGAUGUGUUUAGACCGGCGUUACACUACUCCGAUGUUGCCUUGGAUAGUGGCAGACUUACGGCGCGAGGGUCUGCGAAAACCCUUGGACGUGCUUCUCGAAGUACGCGAUUCGUCUCUCAAGGCGCGGUCCUACCAUGACGAGCGACUCGUGUUUGACCAUCCGCUUCAGUCGAUAUCCAAGUUCUCCCAUUCGAACGCCGAUCGCACCUGCUUCACGUACCUGCAGAGAAACGCUCCCGACGAGCUGCCCUACUGUCACGUCUUCCAGGCUAGCGACAAGGACACGGUGGUGGAGCUGUUCAUGACAGUUCGGGAGGUGAGCAAGGAACUGUCGCUGCACCAUGGUGCCGGCGCCCCGCUUGCAAGAGCAGGCAGCUGUACUGACUUAGGAGGUGCCAGCGGAGUACACCAGUUUGAGGUGCUGUACGUGGGCAAGAUCAAGGGUUCGUCCAAGCAGAGUGCGCACAACUUUCUAGACGAUGCUGUCGAGAGAGCGCGGGCACGACAGGCUGUAGAAGCCAGCCUGCACCCGGCCACCAGUGAAGGUCCCACGGUCGUGUCAAGCGCAACAAGUGCCGAGAGUGUGAGCAGCUCCCUGGAGAACAUCACCGAGGGUAACCAUGCGGAUGCUCGGGAAGCGCUGCUCGAGGACCUGCGCAGCUGUGGUGGUGGCAGCAUUAGCAGCAGCGGAGGUGGCGCCUCACUGCUCGCACCACCACCGCACACGCUAAUCACACACACACACAGCCUGGAUACCCAGUCUCGCCAGGCACUCUGCCAAGAGCUGCAGAAUGCUGCAACAAGUGCGACCCGUGGCUCAUCGGCAAGAGUGCGGUCAGUGAGCGGCGACCAGCCUCGACCUACGAAGCAAACGUCACUGCCAACGUUUCGGCCGCGUGUGAGCAGUGGGGGUGCCGUGGAUCUCCGUCGACUUCUGCAGUCUGAGCGGCGCAGCAAUCGCACCAUGCUGUUGCUAGUGAUGCAGAGGGAGCUGCGAUUGCUCAGCACCGAUCGCAAGCAGAUCCUAGUGAGCCGACCCUUCACCGACAUCUCGCGCUGCUACCAGGGCAUCAAGUAUGCCGACCACUUCGGCUUCAACUGCCGCGAUUCCUCACUCUCCUCGACUGACAAAUACAUCGCUUACAUCUUCAAGUGCUCCUCUGUCCAAGUGGCGAACGAGAUAAUGCAGACGCUAAAGCAGGCCUUUCGCUGUGCACACCAGAACCAUGUGCAGAAGGAAGGUGGCUCCGCAGUGCAGUCAUUGUGCGAUUCCUGUCCCAUGCAUCGAUUCCACAAACUUUGCCUUGAUCUGGAAGGGCUUUCCCCGGAGGACUGUUGUACCACCAUCCAGAAGUAUAUUCACAACUUGUCCGACUCAGACAAACAGAUCAUUGCCGCCAGAUACCAGCUGAAUGACUGCAGGACAGUGCAGGACAAGAAUGAGCUUUACAUGAUGCUGCUGCGGAACCUGUAUGAGCAGAAGCAGACUAAGCACUGCCAUGCGCAGAAGUCUGAGGGACUGCUGGACCUGAAGGCACCAUCAUUUGUGUUCGAUAGCUUCAAGGAAAAGGCCAAAAGUCCAUCACAAACUCGUUCGACACCAUUCAGAAGAGGCAGAGAGGGGCGUGGAAGAUCGGCCACGCUUCCGUCUGAGGAAGCAUUUAAACUUACUCUGAGCGAUGCAUCGCCUACGGGUUCCCGUGAGGGCAGCUGUGACCCAACCACCCCAGUGCGAAGUUCGUCACCACAGCAGCUGCGGCCACGCAGCUCCACUGUCAGCACACCAGAGACGCCCAAGCGCAGCCCACUGGUGAACAUAUUCAUGAAGGUGGGACACACACGGCGCCAUUCUUCGAGUGACGAGGAGCCAACCGAUGCAACUACCGAGGAAACUUCAUGCAGACAGUCUAUCUUUCAGCGCGUAAACACGCCCAUCCGAAGCAGCAACCACAGCGGGGAUGAUCCAGGGGAGUCGCCACUCACCCCUGGCAUUGCUGUGCGCCGAACGCGGGAGGAGCUUCGUUCCCUGUGGCGUAAGGCCAUUCAGGAGCAGGUGCUGCUUAUCCGCAUGGAGAAGGAGAACAGGCAGCUUCAAGGUGUACCGAGGCAUCGACGUGGCGAGAUUUGGCUGCUUUUGGCAGAACAGUACCAGCUGCGAUCGUCACCUAUUGCCGAGAUUGAUUCCUCAACGACUUAUGAGCAGCUGCUGAACCAACUGACAACACACCAGCAUGCCAUCCUCAUCGACCUUGGACGGACAUUCCCCAGCCAUCCAUUCUACCGUGACAGCCUGGGAGCCGGCCAGCUCUCAUUGUACAACCUGCUCAAAGCAUAUUCUCUGCUCGACCCACAAGUGGGCUACUGCCAAGGGCUCAGCUUUGUUUCGGGUGUGCUUCUGCUGCAUAUGACUGAGGAGCAAGCCUUUGGCAUGAUGAAGCACCUGUUGUUUCACUUGGGGCUGCGACGACAGUACAAGCAAGACAUGGGUGCAUUGCAGAGCACUGUGGCAGCUUUACAAGGACGGACAUUCCCCAGCCAUCCAUUCUACCGUGACAGCCUGGGAGCCGGCCAGCUCUCAUUGUACAACCUGCUCAAAGCAUAUUCUCUGCUUGACCCACAAGUGGGCUACUGCCAAGGGCUCAGCUUUGUUUCGGGUGUGCUUCUGCUGCAUAUGACUGAGGAGCAAGCCUUUGGCAUGAUGAAGCAUCUGUUGUUUCACUUGGGGCUGCGACGACAGUACAAGCAAGACAUGGGUGCAUUGCAGGUGCAGCUGUAUCAGUUGUGUCGCCUGCUGUACAGUCGGCACCGAGAGCUGUACCAGCACCUAGAUCACUUCGACAUUGCCCCAGCUCUGUACGCUGCACCCUGGUUCCUGACUUUGUUUGCUUCACAGUUCCCACUGGGAUUCGUCUCUAGGCUCUUUGACGCCAUCUUUCUUCAGGGCAUGGAGGCCGUGUUCAAAGCAGCCCUGUCUCUGUUGUCACACUUUGCGGACACCCUGCUGAGCUGCAACAGCUUUGAGUCCAUCAUGGAGUGCUUCAAGAACACCCUGCCUGCACUGGAUGCACCCACGAUGGAGGGCAUAGUCUCAGGCAUGUUCUCCUUGGACCUGGGCCAGGAGCUGGUGUCCUACCAGGUCGAGUACCACCUCUUGCAAGAGGAGAUGGUCUACACGCCCAAGAGACCCGGACUCUCAUCGGCUGAUCUCGAAGAGAACCGUACUCUGCGACGCCAGAACAUGGAGCUUCUGGAACAGCUCCAGGUGGCAAACAACAAUGUGAGCCGCCUCGAGGCCUCGGUGAGCUCGUACCAAGGCACAGUCCAACACUUGGAGAAGCGCAUCCGGCAGCUGGAAGACGAGCGGGAUGCACUGCUCCACAGCAACGCAGCGCUGCGCCACCGCCUAGACCGACUGGAGGCCGCAGAUGAGCGCAAUGCGCGCUCACUCAGCUUCGGAGCGUCGGGGGAAGCGCAUGACGACAUCGCGCAGCUUGUGCGUCGGCUGGGUGACCAGGGCCCUUUGCCAGAAGAUGAAGAGUGGUGCCCGCCUCGUGCCGAUGGCUGUGAUGGCCUCUGAGUUACGCAGAGACUACCAGUGUUUCAAACUACAUGUGGAGAGGUUAGACCACUUGCGGGUUACCGAUGUAUGUAGAUUGUUGCUCUACGAUCUAGAAUAUGACGGAGGGUAUGCUAUCCAGAGAGACAAGCUUUUUCAUCAUCUUUUUCUGUACGAAAGACUACUCUUGCAGUUGUUUGGCAUUAGCUUUAGCCGCAACAUUGAUGUAUGGGAAGUUGCGAAGCAGCAUUAGAGCGAUAGUUUGGGUGACUAGGGAAGUAGCUUGUUGUACAAAGUUCUCGCGACCAGGCUAAGAAAGCUUGCACCCACAUACUUCCUUUUUUCAUUUCUAGCCUGUCUAUGUUGUUUCGUGUAGUUGUUGCCAUAAGUGCGAGGCUUCUCAGCGACUGGUACAGAAAAAGGGCCACCAUACGAUCUCAGCCGUAAACGUAAACCAGGCAUUAUAGCGGAAGUGGAUGUGCUGUUUGCCUGCGUAUCGUGGUUGUGUUAUAGGUCACAGUAAUGUUGACUUCUAAAAAGCAGACAUACGGUCGUGUACUCUGAUUAUGAUUGGAAACACAUUUUCUAAUUGCGUUUAUCAAACCUCAUAUUUUUACAUGACAGAAUCUUUUUACCAUUAUUAUUGAAGUGACAGUGCAAUGAAAGAAAUGACAGUCGCUACCCACAGUCUGCUUUUCUUUCCUAGGCUCCCGCAAGUUGUCAAAAAUAGUGAAUAAGGGUAAAUCUAUGUUUUGGUAGGGUAUCUGAAGAUUUCUACUUGCGGCUGCUAAAAGUAAGGCUGUAUGUUGAGCAACAUCAAGCAGAAAUUUAGCGAGCAUUGAGCAGUGAGCAAGUUAGAGGCAACAAAUGUGACAUGCCGAGAUGAUGUAGUUUGGUUGACGAGUGACUACCUGGCCCAAGUUUAAUUGACAGAGAUGCCUAAGGAUGGCAGUCUUGCUGCAGUAAAAAUUUUGCUGUGAAGUUGAGGAGGCACCUACUAGUGCGGCUUAUAAUUUAUAUCAGCCUGAGUGGCAAUUCCAUUAAGAACUCAUGUUAAGGGUGUUUGUAAUGAGAUCUAGAAUUUGUUCCUGAAAAGGAAAGAAUGAGGGGAGAAGUAUGCCGGAGAUAUAACCUUGCUCUAUUUUUGUUGGUUUUCAGGGGUCUAUGCAGCAAGGAUUAGUUUAAUUAAGAGCACUGGCAGAAGCCCAUUGUCACUUCAGUAUGACACCCAUUGCCAGGAAGUUCCUUAGUCAACAGCUGCAAGGGGGUGUUGUGGUUUAUGUGAUGUCCAUACUGAUUAUGCUUCAGUUCGGUCUUUGCAGGGGUCAGAAUUCUCAGUUUUAAUGUUAGGGUGACAGCUCGCGCUGCCACAAAUUGAGGAAACCCAGUCGCUUAUGUGCCGUGUAUGUUUUUCUUAGGCAGCUGUUUUAAUGUUUUAGAUAAGCCUGCUGGAAAGGGCGGCCAGCGCUGUGCUUUCCGACAGACGGUAUAUCUUACGGUCUUGUACAUGUCAAAUGAAGUAUCCCUUUGGGUUUGUUUUACGAUGCUUUUUCACGCCUCCUGGUGCUAGUCACUGUUAAGGAAGGGGGCUUACCAGGUUUGUCUUCCUACCCUGCUACCAAACUUGCACUUUCAUAGUCAUGUGUCCUAGGUGUAGCAGUUAUGUUAUGAUGGACAUGGAGACACACACCAUCAAAAAAAGAAAGAAACCUUAUACCAAAUCAUUGCACAUUGCAUACCUCUGCAACAUUUUUUUCAGAGCUGAUUUUUAGCUUAUCCUCUCCUUAACCAUCUCAGUUUCAGUCAUGGUCAAAGACUGUUAACCUUCUUCAUUGGCCAAAGCUAAGCUUAUAACAUAAUGAAAAAGCAGCGUAAAACUUAAACUGCUUCACCGCUAAAGAACGGGGGAAGUGCCGUCUCUACUGUCUCUCACUUUUCCUUUUCAAAUUGAAUGUUUCUUAUAAGAUAUAAAUUUUUCAGAAUACUUUUUAAUGCUAUUAUUAGAUGCAAUAACUCAAAUUAGGCCAAGACCUGUUGAAUUUCUUGACAUAUUGGUGUUCAUUCAAACCUACAGUAUCAAGCAGCUGUCAUUAAAAAUAUUAAGCGUUCUCAGCUGCACAUGUCAGGUUGACUAGUGAACUGCAGUUUUUCAUUGCUCCUUUGCAAGCAAGCUAGGCAUUUAUUUCGCAUUUAUUUCUUGAAGGAAAAGGCUCGUUAUAUUUGAAUAUACAUACACCAUCUAUGUAUGCAUGUGACAACUUGGAUAGGCACAGCAAUAGUAUAUUCAUCAGGGUGGUUUAUGUGGACUUGACCUCAGAUCAUCUAUCAGUGUUUAUCAACAAGGUAGCCAGUUAGAUUGCUGAAAAAAAAAAUUACACGUUUCGCAUUUGUAUCAUACAGAAGAAUCAUUAUAUGCAGCAGAUUUGAAUGGCUGCUCCUGUUAUAUACAGUAUGUAUCUUACCGUAGUGCACGUUCCUUGUUCGGUCUUGCUGCAUACUUUCGAAGUGCUGCAAGCUGGUAUGCAGGUAGCUAGUAGUGAUAAUGCUUGUGUGCAAAGUGCGUGCUUGCUUGCUUCAAAUGGCUUGUUUUAAGUGCUGCGGAGUAGUGUCAUGAUUGACGCUCUUCAUUUGGGACUUCGCGUGCAAGGCCUGACUUAGAGUAGGGCGUGCAUUGUGCCGUACGGCACUUGUGUCCUGCUCGAAGUGGUGCCUUAGUUUUGCCAACAAGCAAAACCCAAGGGCAAUGCCGGGCAGUUCCCAUCACUUUGCAUGCAGCUAUGGUGUAGCCAGGGUUUACAGCCGAUGGAAGCGUAAUCUCGGUUCUUGUAUAUGUGGUGCUUUUGAGGCUGUUAAGUGUUGUCUUUGUUGUUGCUGUUGAUACAAGCUAUCAGUUGCUGGUUACAAAAAAAAACAA